CUGUGCUGGGUGGACAUUUCGCGCACGGCUCGUCGGAUUACUCAGUCACAGCUUCUCUGCUUCACACCACAAUCACUCAUUGGCAGUGUCCAACGCGUGACGGACUGUGUUCGGUGAAAGAGAUUCACCCCCAUUGAAUUCUGGGGGUUGGGACGAACCCACGAAACUCUGCAUUGAUUCUCUGAGAUCGCCUUGAAAUUCCGUGGCAGAGCAGAAUCAACCCUCGAGAGUGAUUCGAGUGUGUGUGAGUGAGUGCGAAGGAGAGGCCUCUCCUCGGCCUCCUCGGGGGGCGCAGAGCCACCCCUGGGUGACAGUGCCUGUGCCCGCGUGUGUGUGUGUGAGAGAGAGAGAAAUUAGAGGCAUGGCUUCCAAAGAAUACCAAUUCGUAACAUUUUGGCCCUCCUCAAAAUUACCAUCGCGACUGCCAAAACUACCCUCGGUGUAUUGUGUAUAAGAGGCAUAACCAUAAAAGGACACUAGGACAAAAGACACUCGGCCCAAGGACUCAAGCGGACUCCCGUCGAUCUGGUGUGCCGCCUUCGGCAACGCGGAAAUGGAUAAGAAACGUCUCAACGCGGGCAUGUUGCUGCUUCUUCUCGCUGGUUUCGCCGCCGCCGUGGAGGUUCACUUCGAAACUCCGGACAGUGGCUUCUUCCUCAAGCACACGCCUCGCCAGCCCGCGUCCGACAUCGCCACCACCCAUCAAUCCGGCGCCCGCAAGAGCAGCCAAGAGUCUAUUCUAUCCGUGGAUCGAUUCACGGUUGUGCAAACGACGCAGCCCGUGUCCAUUCGCGCCAGUUACGGACCGUUCUCCACCAAGCAAACCGUCCCGGCGCGCUAUAUUGUUCCAGAUGUUGUGGAGGCCCAGCCGGAACACAUGCAGAAUGCCACUGCGGCCCUCAUGGAUCUGCAGCAAUCCAACAUUCAUCUAGACAUAUCAGCCCACCUGGUGCGCUCUUCAAUUCCACGCGACUCGCCAGUGCUGCGGGUCCUCUUCCAUGCUGGCGCGGAUCCCGGGGGACACGUGCAGCGCCAGAAGAUCUGUGUCCUCCUCCACGUGGCCAUGGGCGCCAGGACGCCCCUCAAGGGGCGCUGCAUGCCCGAGGGAGAGGAUGGGGUCUGUGUGGCCGAAGUGGUCGUGCCGUCGAGCUGGUGGCCCCCGUUGCCGCCGCCCGACAAGGACGGACGCUCCAUGCCGCCGAAAGUGCCGCAGAGACUCGUGCAAGUGUCAUACAGCGUCUUCGAGCCACCCACCAGGAAUCCAGAACAGUGCGAACCCAAAGUACAAAUCCAACCAUUAACACCAUUCGCUCAAGUCCCUUUGGUGCCGGCUUUGGCAGCCUACAAGGAGCUGCGGGCGGAUGAGACGCUGACAAUGCUGGUGCCACAUCAGCCACUUUAUCCCAUGUCGAAGAUCCACGUGCCCGUCUUCCUUCAGUCACAGCCCGACCAGAAUGUCGCCGUCUUCAUUGUGAGGGCUCGUGUAAAGGCGGGAAUGCGGAUUCUGGGCGCCACAGCGUCCUCAGAUGAGUGGAACAUUUCGCUGGAGAAGGAGAACCCAAAGCACACAGUGGCACGUGUUACGGCGUUCCGGAAGGACCAGGACCCAGACAGUAAUGGAAAGAAUGGCGAUAGCAGCAAUUUAAACAAGAUCGUCGAAGUGUUUUCGUGGCUCUUGGAGGUGGCAAAUGACACAAAGGAGCACUGGGAUGGCGGCAGGAUCGUGUGGUCAGUGAGUUAUGUCCACGAUGGUCCCAAGCUGAGGGAUUCCUCCAUGGAGAGCCUGGGCAGCGUCCCAGGAGAAGAGUUGCGCCGAAAAUUAGUGGCGAAAUUGGAGAUUCAAAAGGAUGAUAUCCAAGCCGUUCUGCCCAUCUCAAAGAAUUGGGAAGUAAUGAACACAGCUGUUCUAACUGGGAGGCAAGUUUCGCAGGCAAUGAAAGUUUUUAUUGUCUCACAAGCGGGAAAAGUUGCUGACGUCACAUUGCAGAGUUCAUGUCACGCAGAAGAUGAGAGUGUUAUCAAGGUCUCCUCCUCGUGCAGUUCAGUGUAUGUGGAUGGGUCUGAGGCUCGGGGUUCGUCAAAUGCAUCAAUCAUUGUGAAAUACGGAACGUAUAUUGGUCGGGCACGCUUCACCGUGUGGAUGCCGGAAUUUCCGCUCGAAGUGCUGGUUGCAGACUUUCGCCUGUCCCAAAUCAAGGGCUGGAAGGUGCCCGAAGAUUACAGCAGCAGUGGCGGCAAGAUGAGACGCAAGAAGCGCGCUUACGGCUGGAGUCACCAUGGGGAGGAUUUCGCGAAUGGCGUCAAUGGGGACAAGGCCACUUGUCGUGCGCGCUAUCAGCAGAGUCCUGUCGAAGUGUACGCUCGUUUUCUGGCCGUGGACCAGGAUUCCGGGCGAGUGAGCUAUUUGAUCUCCCGACGAACUGGCCUGAGAGUGACGGACCUGGUGCAGCCCUUGCUGCGCGUAGCCGACCCAAAGAUCGCCACGCUGAGAGGCAGAACACUGCAAGGCAGAGCCAUGGGAAGGACGGAUGUUCAGGUGCUCUCGCCAAUCACAGGACGCGUAAUUGGCGCCAAGGAGAUCCGAGUGGGGAGUGAUAAGGUGACACUGAGCCGUCUUAUUGUGCGCGUGGUGUCAGGAUUGCAGCUCACAAUUGCUCCAGACAGCACUAUUGACAAUGGAUACAUCGCCGAGACGUCUGUAACGAGGCGUCUCACGGCUCAAUAUCAGGAAGGAUUGCUGGAUAUUGAUUUGGAGUUCUCAGACGGUGCUCGAACGCCACUCAGGGACGUGUCAGUGGACGACUAUUUCCUCCUGGUGGAGAGCUUGGACACUGAAGUUGUGGCUUUUGCUCCCAUGCUCGCCUCUCACCACCCACGCGUAAUCGCCGUGGGCGAGGGCAGUGGGGAUUUGCUGCGGGUGACGCUGCUGCUGUCAGAGGAGUGCCGUUUGAGGAAGAAUGUGCCGCUGUCGAAGCAGAAUGCCAAAAUCAAUCCGGGACACUUGGCCACAGCACUCGCCACCGUUCAAGUGGACUUCAGCUCCACAGACUCUCCGGGGCGUCCGGACACCGUGCAGAACGACGGGUUUUCCGGCAGGGAGAGGAAGGGUGGUCGGGAUAUGGGAGAUCUAAAUGAUAUCCUCAUUGGAAUUCCGCUGAAAGAUGACAACAGUCACGAGCCAACUGUUCAGGCGAGGCAGCAUCGAGGGGGUGUGGUCACAGCCGUGGGCGCUCCUGAGAUGACGCACAAGAGUCGGCCGCAUCCCGACAUGACAUCCCUGGAGAUCGGGAUGUACGUCUUGCUGACGGCAUUCUGCUUCGCCAUUGCCAUCUUUGUGGUGUCUUGCGUUGUCUACGCCUCAAAGUUCCGGCCUGUGAGCAUAGAAUCGGUCAGUGAGAGCGAUCAUUCGAACAUGAAAGCUCUGUCUAGCAUUGGGAUCAUAAGAGAGCCGCGACAUCCUCGAGAGCCAACAACAAAUGCCCACGAUUGGGUGUGGCUGGGCAGAUCGACUCUUGACAAAUCGACAGCAGAACAGGAGAACAACCGUACAUCCGUUCAUGAAACUCAAAUGCGCAUCACCAGCAACCCUAUGAAUCUCAAUUACGUGGACCCUGACGAUGCAAUCGUCCAGGCAACCAGCUUCGAUAACCCCAAUCACAUUCAGUUACCGUCGAUGACAACGGCCGGGCCAUCAAUUGACACGAAGACGUACAACAAAAGGGAGCGCCGCUGCAAGCCCACCCUUGACUUCUCGGAUGGAAAUCCACCGCCUCUGCCGCCCCACGGCAUUCCCGGGCCGGAGGGCAACCGUGAGGAUUAUCGUCCACCCGUUCCGCCACAUCGCAACAUCGGUGUCACCGCAAAUGCUAAUUAUAUGAAUGGGAUUUCGCACAGGCCCAUCCCGGAAAGCAUAAUGCCACCACAGAGGCGACAUCACCACAAGCAUCAUCGCAGCGCGAGUGGUGCGGCUAGAAUGCAGGCGGGCAGCAGCUCGUCCGCCUCGGAGUCGCCCUAUCCCAUCAUGCAGGAGGCUCAGGUGCAUGGGCAGCACCAUCUCAACUACACGCAGCAGCAGAUCAACGCUGCCCUGUUCAACAUGGACUCGCCGCCGCCACUGCCGCCGGCGCACCACGUGGAGGAGAUCUUCCUGGAGCAGAGUCGGUACGCCAAGUCACCUAGGCAGACGCCAACGGGCGAGGCGCUGGCAGUUGGGGAAAUUGGAAAGUCAUCGGGUGACGUGACACAGGAGAGAAAUGCCGCUGAUGCUCAUUCAACGGAAAAAUCCGCUGAUGCAAUGUUGGAUUCAGGCAUUGGCUUGGUAGAUGUGCAGCAGAAGGAGCAGAGACAGUCGGCAGAGGAGCCGCGCAGCACAGAAUCGGAGUCCGAUGACAAUGGGGGCUUCGUGACGCCGCCCGGCGACUGUCCAGCGCGGGCGCAGCAUCAGGUGAAGAGGGCCACGGUCGUGGGCAAUCCCAUGUUCUCCAACAGUGAGGACAGCGAUCUGGGGCCCGGCGAGAGUCUCGGUCUCGACGACCUGGACAUGGACUACGAGCAGAUUAUGCAUUACUUUGAUAAUCUGAAGGAAUCGAAUGCCUGAGUUCAAGAGAUCAUUGCAAAGAUACGCGACAUCUUAUCAACAUUUCAGCAACAAUAUAGGAAUGUAGCACUCCCCAACAGCCCCACAAUCCCCGGAAUCGACGAUCCCAACUUCGAGUACUUUUUCGAGCACUUGAGUGAGUCAUACGCUUAAACGAGGAGACAUGGAGGAUUUAUUGACACUGUGAAUAGUACUUAUUUGCCGAUCUUUAGUGGACGAUGAUGGUGAAAAAGACCGAAUUAAUGGUCUCUGAGAGAAUGUGAUGAAAUAUUCUAUGGUAUUUCAUCCAAUUUAUACAUCUUAGCCAGUGUAUUUAAGUGCAGAGUCUCAUCCUCAAUAUAAAGUAGUUGGAUAUGUUUUUAUUUUGUAGACGGAGAAGAUGAAUCUCAACUGGGAUUAAUUGUAUGUAUAUUUAUAUUGUAAUUAUAUGGAAACAUUCACUCUCAUCGAAAAUCCACAUAUUUCAUCGUGAAUCUGUAGAUUAAUUUAUCAUUGUGGCAAUACUUGUAAGUUCAUCUAUCACAACAUUCAAGUUCGAUAACUCAUCAUUUAUGGACGUUGUGUGUAAAAUGCGCGCCUUUGCAGUGAUCCAGAUAUAAAACUGAAAAAAAAGAAAAAAUAACACCCAGACAAAGAAACUCAAUACAAAGUUGAAACUGAGAAAUGGACGUUGAAGAUGAGGGGGAGAAAAUUUGUAGUUACACCAAAAAAAAGAUAAACGGAAAAAGCAUUACACUAAAAAGUGAAUCAAUUCCAAUAGACAACAUCGUAAUAAAUGGCAACUUUCAAGAGUCAUCCCACAAUGGAGUUCAAUAAAUACAUCCAGUGAACCUCCUUCGCUUUGAGCAUUCUAACUCAAUGUCAUCCCCGAUGAAGCUUUUAUAUCACUCGCCCUUCUUCUGAAAUCCGCCACUCGUGACUGAGAGAAAGUGUGGGCGGUUUUCGAGGUGUAUUUGCUGAGUCUCUCCAGUGUGGGCAAAAGGAGUCGCGAGGAGUCGUUUUGAAAGAAUGCGACGAGGAAAAACGAUAGCAUAACAUAUUCUAGUCACUCAGUAUGAAGAGAAAUAUACAAGAGGUGAAAUUGAAAAGACGUAUAAAAUAUAAAUGCAAGAAAAGUAAUAUAAAGAACGCUCUAAAAACAAAUAUGAAUAAAUUAUAGUGAAAGCUUAAUUAGAUGUGUACGAUAUACUGUAGCUUUAAUAGCGUGAAAACAUUGUAUAAUUUCUCUUCAGGACGACACACAAGGAAAUAUUGUGUUUUAAAACUUAUUUACAAUUUAACCUCACAAGGAGGCGAGCGAGGAGGAGAAAAAAAAUCUCAUAACCACUCUUAAAGAUGAAUGAAAAGUAUCUAUUCUAAUAAACUUGCACGAAGAUGCAACAUUUACUCUUAAGAUUAAUGUAUAGAUAAGGAGAAAAGAAUAUUUUAAAAUGAAAAUACUCAAAGGUGUUCAAUGCAUAACGUGUUCUUCACUGAUGGUCAUCCGGAAAACCAAGAGCCAAUCUAGAAAAAAUGUACUUUAGAGCGGAGAAAAAUCGAGAGUUGAAUUUGACAGUGAAGAUGCUUUUGAAGCUUUUGGUUUUCACUCCGAAACUUAAGCAGAUAUAAACAAAAAUACCACAAAAGUAUUUAAGAAAGACUCAGCAUAUCAAGUAAAAAAAAACAUACCUAUAAUUUGAAAUCAAAAUUGUCUUUCCAAUGUGUUCGUUUUAUCAAUGAAUUAAACUAAUUUCAUUCUAGCUUUUUCAACGUAAAUACUAGAUAAAAUAUUCACAGAUAUUUGCUAAAUAUUGUGAAAAUAAAGGGUAUAAUUUUUCUAACCGUCGCUUAAAACCACUAUAAAAGUCUAUCUAAAUGCAAAGAAAUCAAAUAUUUAGUGUCUAAACGAGAACAAGAAACAAUCUUCACGGACCACAGAAGCCGUAGAAAUGGAAGAACAAAGUGAAGAGAGUGUUUUACAUAAGAACUUUUUUAAGCCAAAGUCCUUAUUUCACAAUAUGAAUCUCAACCUUCAGCUAGAAAGCAUUUCAAUUUAAGAUAGUGUGUGUGUAUAUAUAACGGAAGGAUAAUUUUAUAAACUUAGAGAUGAACACACAUUAACACACAAUAAGACACAAAAUCAUCCCACAAUCAUCAACAUAAACUUAUACAUAAUAUAUAUUGAUUCAUGUUUGAGAAACAAAGGAAAAGAGAUGAAAAAGAGAAGCUAUUAUUAUAAACAAUAUUUAAAGUUUGUUAUAGAGGAAGAGUGGAAAAAGUAAGCAUCGUGAGAAAUGAUGCAAACAUGGCACUUGUAUAAAGAAUAUUAUUACUAUAUAUUAAAAGGUAUAACAUUAAACUAUUUGAGAUAUUAACAAUGCUCGAAGCCGAAUGAUGAGAGCUUAAUUUGUGAAUAAAAAAAAAACU